AUGUCAGCAACCGUUUGUAAAGGUAAAUAUUGCAUUAUUCACAAGGAAGGCUUGAAAAAUGACGAUGACCAUUUGAUAAGCCCCCAAAGUUAUGAUUCGUGGGCAACGCUGUUAGAGGCGGCAGAGAUUCGAAAACAUGAGGCCCUCCUUCAAAUUGCGAGAAAUGCUCAAGAAGGGGAAGUGCCUGAAAUAUUCUACCAUAGGAAAUGUCGCAGUGCAUUUACCAUCAAGAGAGAUUUAGAGUCGCUCAAAAGAAAACGUGCCUUGGAAGAGGAUGCUCAUGAAGAUGAAACUCUACUUGAAAGGCCCAGAAAAAGAAGUCCGACCUCCUUAUCUCGUGUCUACUAUAAAGAAUGCAUUUUCUGUGAGAGACCCAAGUAUGUAAACCGUCACUAGAAAAGCUGGUAAAAGUUACGCAGCUAAGAGUGGACCAGACUCUGUGCCAGAUAGCUACCGAGAGAUGUGAAGCGGAUCCUGGCAAUUGCAAGUAGAGAUAUCGUUGCAGCAGAAGCACACUAUCAUAGAACGUGCUACCGUGACUACACAAGGCCCACUCCUCAGCAGCACCCAGAGGAAAGCGAACCCAAGAAUGAUGCUGAAUAUGAUGCCGUUUCAGAUUUAUUUAGUUUUAUUAGAAAUGAUGUUUUAGAUGCGCAGGUUGUGGUAACCAUGAUUGAGUUAACAAAGAAGCUGGAAUCUUUUCUUCAAUCGAGAGGUACAGAGAAGCUUCAGGAAUCAACGAAGAAACACCUGAGAAAGAAACUAGAGUCAGAGUUUGGUUCCACUUUGGAAAUUUUUCCAGAUGAGAAGGGAAAGCUACUGGUUAUUCCUGUAAACCUGGAUAUCAAGGAAACAGUGAAGAAGAUGGUUAACCUGGAAAAGAAAGUAAUGAGUUUUAAAUCUCAAGCAACAGAAAUGCAAAGGAUCGUUGAUCAGAGCGCUGAACACUUG